AUGUAAAAUGAUAUUGAUAAACAGUUAAAUAUUUUGCAAAACGGUGAACUUUUAAAAGAAAACGAAGUAAAAAUAUUAUGUGCACGGGUAAGAGAAGUUUUUAUAGAAGAAAGUAAUGUGUAAAGAAUAGAUUCUCCAGUUACAAUUUGUGGUGAUAUACAUGGAUAAUUUUAUGAUUUAUUAGAAUUAUUUAAAAACGGUGGUUUAUGUCCUGAUAUUAAUUAUUUAUUUCUUGGUGAUUAUGUAAAUAGAGGACAUCAUAGUAUAGAAACGAUAAUUUUCUUAUUUGCAUUAAAAAUAAAAUAUUCAGACAGAAUAACUCUUUUAAGAGGAAAUCAUGAAAGUAAAAUUAUUACUUAAGUAUUUGGUUUUUAUGAUGAAUGUUUAAGAAAAUAUGGAAGUUUAAAUGUAUGGAGAUAUAUAACCGAAGUUUUUGAAUAUAUGACGAUUUCGGCACUAAUUGACGAUAAAAUAUUUUGUACACAUGGAGGAAUUGCUUCUGAUGUUAAAAACUUAGAUGAUGUAAAUAUAUAUAGCUUUAUUAAUAUAUAAAAAAAAACAAAGAUUAGAUAAUUAGAUAGAGUUAAAGAAAUACCUGCCUAAGGAGAAAUGUGCGAAUUGUUAUGGAAUGACCCUGAAGAAAAUACUAAAGGAUUUAAAGAAAAUUAAAGGGGGCAUGGAAAAACAUUUGGAUAAGAUGUUUUUAAUUAAUUUUUAUAAAUAAAUAACCUAAAUAAAAUGAUAAGAGCACAUCAAUUAAUUAUGGAAGGAUAUAAAUAAAUUUGGGAUGAAUCUUGUGUUACAGUAUGGUCUUGUCCAAAUUAUUGUUAUAGAUGUGGAAAUAUUGGUUCUAUAAUGUAAAUAAAACAUAAUAAUGAAAUUAAUUUUAAAACUUUUGAUGCUUCUAAGGAUUAAUUGAAAGGAGCAGGAACUAAAAUGUCUAGUAAUGUACCAGAUUAUUUUUUAUGA